GGAAGAUGGACAUUGAAGCGAUAUACGCGAAUUGAACUGACCCUACGAUUCUUGAAAUUUAAUAUAUGAUGACCACGUUGAUUUCAUCACUGAUUGCAAUUUAUAACGUAAUUUACGAAUGAUCGCGCACAAGCUUCAUAUGUAUUUUUUUAUGUCACUUCUUCCCGCCAACUGUUAAGUGUCAACUCGUUUGGUAGUCAUUUGUGAAGUUUGUUUAUUCCGUUUGACUCUUGAGAUUUGUCGAUUUAAAGUGAGAAAUGUCGUUUGAACCACGUUCUAUUAUUAAUGGAAAGCUGCUUCGAGAGUUCAUGGGAAAGAAUGUAAGUGUAAUGGUGAAAAUAGAAGGUGACUACACCGGGCAAAUUAUCAAAGCGAAAACCACCGACCAAGUCCCAGUGCGCAUAAGCCUUUCGGAGCCGAUUGGUGGGAACCCCACUGAUUGGGUGGAAGUGAUUGGUGUGGUUAGUGGAGCUGAUAUGCUCCGCGCAAAGGAGGUUAUCAUGUUUGAAGAGAGUAACCAGGAGUUCGAUUCGGAGAGCCACAACAUGCUGGUUAAUAUAAUGAAUAAUACUAGAGAUUUCUAUGCGACCGGAUAAGUUUGCCAAUAAAAGUAUAACUAAAGCUUA